CUUUAAUGGCCAGGAAGUUGGCGGGGGCGUUUCGUCAGCAGGAGCACGAGGAGCACCCUCCGGCGCGGCAGUAGCGACCACCAAUCGCGGACGACUGUCCAUCAGCGCAGCAGGUGGACCACUCAUCCCACAAUCAGCAUCGCCAUCGACAUCGUCAUCCCAGCCAGCAGGAACUGGUGCACUUGCGACCGGCUCGACCCUCGGCGAACCAGUGGGCGGCAGUGGAUCGGCGCCCACCAUUGGCGGCACUGCACCGGUGCAGCCGGGCCCCAAGCGACAGGGCAGCUUCUCGAAUGUCUUCUCAAAGCUAAUCGAUGGUAUGCCCGCUGGCACAAUGUUCGCAAAAUUCAAGAGCACCAAUGUGGCCGCCGCCACAGCCACACAGAGUGUUGCCGAUGGCAAUCCCAUUACGCAGUACUUCGAAAUCGGUAAGCCGGUGGCCUGUGCCGGCCCAGAAUUGGUAUGGCGCAUCCACGACGCCUACCGCAAAAGUGACAACAAGGAAUGCUCCGUAUUUAUAUUCGAGAAGAAAAUUGCGGAGAAGCUGCACAAGCCGCGACGCAAGGAGACCAUAACUGAGCUGCUGAAAAGUUCGGUGAAGACACUGGAACGUUUCCGCCAUCCGCGGAUACUCCAAAUCUAUCACACGGUCGAGGAGAGUGCUGAUACACUGGCCUUCGCCUCCGAGCCCAUCUUCGCCAGCCUCUCGAAUGUGUUGGCCUUUCACGAGUCGAAGACGUACGAGACCACCAAUGUGACGCCGGCGGCGGGCGGAGCGGCAGCGGCCCAAGCGCAGGCGGCGGCGAACACUUUGCCCCAGCGACCGGCCCAUGCCAAGGAAUACAAUUUCUUGGACAUGGAGCUGAAGUACGGCUUUCUCCAGCUGACCGAGGCCCUGGCGUAUCUUCACUAUUCCGGUCACGUAAUUCAUCGCAAUGUGUGUCCAUCCUCUAUACUAAUAACCAAGCGCGGUAUCUGGAAGCUGGCCGGCAUGGAAUAUGUGGAGCGAAUGAACGAGAACGAUUUGAACAGCUCCAUUCCGUGCCCGCCGUGGAGCAACCGGGUGUCCAAGAUGGCCCAGCCAAAUCUCGACUUUAUGGCUCCCGAAACUCAGUCAACGUCCAAAUGCAGCCUGCUCAGCGACAUGUUCUCGCUGGGAAUGGUGAUCUGUGCGGUGUUUAACAACGGCAGGCCGCUGAUUCAGGCCGGGAACUCCACCUCCAACUAUGCGAAGCAAAUGGAAUCGCUGGAUGAUCUAGUCCACAAACUGAUGCCCAGGCUACCAAUCGCCCUGCAGGAGGCCACUUCACGGAUGGCCAGUCGGGAUGCAACGGCCAGACCCACCGCCCAACUGCUUCAGCUCAUCAAGUACUUCAUCGAUACGCCCAUAAACGCUCUCAAAUUCUUGGACGUGGUCAACAUGAAGGACACGCAGCAGAAGUCCCAGUUCUACAAGACCACCUUGAUAGAGGCCAUGCCGUUGAUACCACGGAAACUCUGGUGGCAGAACAUCUGGCCCAUGCUCAAGUCGGAGAUCAACAAUAACGAGGUCCUCGCCGCGGUCCUGCAGCCGGUCAUGCUCUUUGUCCAGGAAGCCACGCACACGGAGUACGACAACCUCAUGUCGGCCACCAUGAAAAUCAUCUACAAUACACCGAAAUCCAUUCAGGCCAGCGUUACGAUACUUGAGAAUUUGCAUUUGAUUAUCGAGAAGACGAAGCCGGAGGACGUCACCACAGACAUUAUGCCGAUGUUGUUCUACUCCUUCGACGGUUCCACGAUACAAGUGCAGAGUGCUGCCGUUGUGGCUGUGGCCAAUGUAUUUGAUAGCAUCGACGAGCUCUCCAUUCGCCGCAUGGUCCUGCCCAAGGUGAAAAUGGUGUUCGAGAAGAACAUAACCGAUCCGAAGAUAGUGCAGAAUGUGCUUAUGUGCAUCGAGCGAGUCAUGGACCGCAUGGAGCGGGCUCAGGUCAUGGAUGAGGUUCUGCCGCUUCUGGCCAACAUUCGCAUUCCCGAUCCCGAUAUCAUCAUGCGUACUGUUCGCAUCUAUCAUAAACUGUUCCUGGACAAAACGUACGGACUGACUGUGGAGACGAUGGCCACCAAUGUGCUGCCCCUGCUGAUUCCGCACACCGUCAAUCCGGCACUCAAUUUCGAGCAUUAUUGCUACCUGCUGGAGGUGUUGCAGCAAAUGCUGGAGGCCAUUGAUCGGCAGCAGAGGAACAAGUUGAAGCUGGACAACCUGUCGAUGGCCUCGCCGGAACGCCACCGAACCCUGCGCCACCAGUUCUCGACGGACAACAUGAACGCACCGCCCUUCAACAUCCCCAACUUGCGCAUAGAUCAACGCAAAACUUCCAGCGCCGAAGACAUGGCCCGCAAGAAUUCUGGCGGCUCUGGCAUGCUAGGCGGCUGGUGGUUCGGCUGCUCUCCCUCGUCGCCGGACAGCAAUUUCCUGCGCGUGGGCAACGUGUUCCCCAACCGGCGGCUGUCGGACAACACACUGAUGACUCCCAAGAUCCGGAUAGCGCCCUCAUGCGCCUCCUCGCCAGGCGGAACUCCUGGCAGCGGGCUGCCGACGAGGCGCCACUCGAGCAUUGGGCCACAGGAGCGGCGGGGCUCCACCAUCAAUUUGUCACCGCCAACUUACGGUGCUCGCGGUAGCUCUGGAUCGAGUCUAUCGGUGCCAUCCACUUCGGUCUAUGUUAAAUCUCCUUUAUUGUACUCCCAAAAACAGGGUGGCUCCAUGCCGAACACCUCGAGCAGUGUUCCGUUCCUGCUGUCGUCCAGUAUGCAGUCGAUAAGGUCGCGCCGCCAGUCCACCGUCCUGUCAUCGGGUCCACUCGGCUCCGGAUCGGGACUGCUGCAGCAGCUGGGAUCCGGCAUGUAUCAACUAUUCUCCGGACGUAACUAAAGAUACAGAAACGCAAACAGAUAAAUUCAUUCAAAAGAAUCCAAUUACUUUUCAAUGCAAUUUCGGUCCAUUUAUGAAACACCAGUAAUCAACUUAUCUUAGCGGUACAUAAAUAUAUAACAUUGUAAACGUAUACCAAGAGCAAGCUUAACUAAGUAUUUUCAGUCGAAACUCUAAAUGUUGUUAGCCAAUCCAAUUCGAUGUGACCAAAGCAACAUAAUAAUCACAAAUGAAUUGUAAUUUAUCCAAAACAAACGUGUCAAACACAUCCAACAAUCAAAAAAGGAAUUGCACGAUCCAGAGAUAAACAAAACCACUAUGCAAAGUGCAAUCAAUUCAUAGAAACCCCAACUAUUCUUGAAUAUACAUAUUUAUAUUAUAAAUGUUUACGUUAGGCCAAAACACAUGUCAAAAAUAUUCACUCACAUAUACAUAGCAUUAGAAUGUUGUUUUAAUUUAAACCAUAACUGACCGAACAUAUCAUAAUACAUCAGCAAGAGAAGAAAAUAUAUAAAUAUUUGAAUUAUUUUGCCACCAUCAAUUACACGCUAUCUCAGAUAAAAAUAAGCAAGCAAAUAAGAGAAAAUCGUGUACCUACUUCGUACCUAGCACCACAAAAAAUCAAACUAAUCACAGAGCUUUACAGCAAACGCAAUCAAAAUGAAUAUAAAUAACCACGAAUAUAAAGAGAAGUUUAUUUUUAGCCAAGAACCUCGAGGGUUCCCGCCUGCGCUUUACAGUGAUGAAUCACAUAUAUGUUCCCCAUCAUUCAAUCCAUUAAAUAUACACUCUCUGUCCAAAGGGAAUAUCUCCAAGCACACCCAAAACUACUACUAAGGUAAAUACACGAAUGCAACCCAAUGCAAUCCACCGAUCCAAUAUCUACCAAUCCGCAAUAGAACCAGAACAAUUAAUGAAGCCGAUGUUCCUGAAGGCAAUCUCAAUCUCAAAUUUAUAGUCAAUUUGUAUAGUGUGGUAUAUGGUAAAUGGUAAACUCUUGAAACUUUAUAGUGAAGAAGUCAUUAAUGUUUUCAUUACGUAAACUGCAAUUAAAGCGAUUAUCGUUGUUGUGGUAUAUUUAGCGGAAUAGAAGUGAAAAAACCAAAAACAAA